AUGCGAGGGGGUCAUACUGAUGUUCCUGCACCGUCGGAGGAGAAUUCAAACCCCAACAACAAACGCAGGAAUCCGUUCAAGGCGAAUGACAGAAUUGCAUUCCCACCGCUCGACGAGGCUCUGGCAUACCACCCAGAGAAGAGGGAAGGGGCGUCAGCGGAAGAUGCGUCUGAGAAGGAGGACCCCUCGGAGUCUGAAGUUCAGACUGUCAUGGACUUGACGAUCGGCAUGCAGUCUCUCAUUCACCCCGACAGCUUCCGGGAAGACGAGAACGUGACCUUCACCUCAGAAGAAGAGGAAGACCCAGAGUUUCCUGAGUCGUGGAUCACAGACCUCAAAUCUCCCGAGCAACCUUCGAAAGGAGGAAUCUUCCCAUGCUUGGAAGGAACUCCCGUGAAGCCUUCCUUCCUUGAGUGCACACCUCUUGGUUCCAACGCCUCCAAUCUCUCAGGCUCUCCUUGCAUGGCUGAUCUCUUCUGUGCGAUGCAAACCAACCACCUCCGAGAAGCUUCACAGGCUGAGAGCCUAGCAGGCGACCUCUCUCUCGGACCCAGGUCCCACAGAUCAAACUUCCUGAGUCAGACUUCCAUCAGCAUCAAUCUGACUCCAGUAGCUCCUUCGGCCAUGAGCCAAGAGGACCCAAGUCCCAACGACAACACUGUGAACAAGGAGAUUCACGAGAACGAGUCUUUCUGCCUCGAGUCCCCUCGCUCGAAGAAGAUUGAAUGGCCGUCCAUAACGCAAGACUCAGUCAUUGCAGAGAGCCCACGGGCCACUGAGCAUCAAGAGGUGGCUCCGUCUACUCCCGCUACUCCAGGUCCUCCCUCGGCCCGAGGUUUGUGUGCCCAGGAUCGAGGAUUCUGCGAUGGAUUAGAAACCUUGUCGCCGAUUUGCGCCCCGGCCAUUCACACUCCAAACAAUCGAGCCCUUCCGGAAAUCAAAGAUGACAAUGCAGACAUGUGCAACGAGUCAGAGAACAAGAGGGGGGAGAGCGUUUCCUCACAGAACAAUUCUUCCAACUCGUCUUCCAACUCGUCUUCCAACUCCUCACACAGCAGCAGGCGAUCUUUAUUGUCACAUCCUGCCUUUCACGCGCUCAAUGGGCAGUCGAGAGAUUCGAUCGGAAGUCAGAGCCCCGACAACCUCUCCACCAACUCGCUCGCUGCUCGUGACGGCGAUGAUGUCGCUGCAGCAGACGGGAACAACCUCUGGCUGUUGAACGACGAGGAGCUGGUCGUCGAUCGCACUCCCUCGAUGGUGAGGUUCAGCUCGGAAUGUACAUGGCGCUCCAAAGAAAGUCGACAAGAUCGCACCAAGACUUCUUCACCACCUAGCGGUCAGUCCUUCACGGCUUCCCUGUCCCUCACGCUCAAGGAGGAUGGUACUUUCUGCCUGGCGACGGAGGUGUUGGAAAGAGAGUCAACGAGCAGACUGUUGUUUGGAGCGAACUACUACGGGAGCUAUCACAUCCAGAGGGACCAAGCGACGGACCUGAUAUGCUCCCUCGAGAUCGAGACUUGCGGCAGCCUCCAAAAGUCUCAAGCGAGCAGCCGCUCGGCUGCGCCAAAGAAAAGUUCAGUCUCAGGGAAGUUUUAUCACGGGUCGACCAUGAUGUGGGGCAUUCAGUUCGCGGACAUUCGUUCUCUCUUCGUGGAUGGCGAAUCGGCAGUCGAGCUCCCGCCCAGGAUCUUGUCCAGCCUGACGGACAUGAAACGCGUGUGGGGAACAUUGUCGCUCGAGUUUGGAUCGUUUCCCAUCAUCCAGUGCUGCAACUGUGGGGACGUGAUGACGUGCGACUCGACCAACGUCCUCGGAUGGCAGAACUCUCACGGCGAUGCAGACAACCAGAAGAGUCAGCUCCAGUUCUCCUCCUCCUCCUUCUCUCCUCUUCCAAGCAAGGCCCCGGCCCUCAAAGAGUCUGGAGGGCCCAGCGCGAACCUGUCUCCUGCGAGCAAACGAUUCGAGACGAGGCAGGGCUGUGCGGUUGCUUGUGCGGUGGUUGUGACGUCGAGCUUGUACGAGGGGCACCGCUACCUGUCUCAUAGCUCUGCCACCAGCUUCAAGCCUGUCGCUACGUCCGAGAAGUCGACCCGGUCCUCGCAGAGCCUCGUCGGCGCUGCACUUGCCUGCAUGAGGGCGACAACUCGAAGAGCUGAGAGUCGCACACAAGCUUUUUUCGUGUCGCGCUAUCGCUACUCGUCGCCGUCACGAUUGGCCAAGAGCCCUGUCCGAUGA